GGCCCGUCUGCCCGCGCCGUCCCGGCCCUCGGGGAAUCUGCGCCCCAGGCGAAGUCCUCUGAAGUUUGGGAGCGAGGGCGUGACCCCGGGCCCCGAAGCCAGACCGCUCAGCGCUCCCCUCGUGCCAGAUCCUCCUCUCUCGGACCUUGGGGAUCGCGCCCCCUCCGGACCGGCUCCUCCUGUCCCCUCCCCGGGGGCUCCUCCAGGCCGCCCCGGUUGACUCAGCGUAAACCGAGCCGCCGAGGGCGGCGGGGCCGGACGCGCCCGGCCGGCGUUAAUUGCUCCGUCGUGAACGCCCCCCGCCCCCGUGCCCGCCCCCCGCCGCCCCGCUCCGCCCCCGGGGACAGGUCCGGGUCCCGGGCGGGCGGCUGCAGCCGAGCGGCGGAGGCGGCGAGGCGGGAGCGCGCGGCCGGGCCCCAGCGCAGCAUGACUGCCAUCGCCGUGCAGGCCCAGAGGCUGCUGGCCCAAAGGAGGCCCCGCCGGUCCUUCUUUGAAUCCUGCAUCCGGACCCUCAUCAUCGUGUGUGCCGCCCUGGCCGUGGUCCUCUCCUCCGUGUCCAUCUGUGAUGGCCACUGGCUCCUGGCUGAGGACCGGCUCUUCGGGCUGUGGCACUUCUGCACCACCUCCAACCAGACUAGGCCGCGUUGCCUCAGAGACCUGAGUCAGGCCCACGUGCCCGGGCUGGCCGUGGGCAUGGUCCUGGCCCGCAGUGUGGGCACCUUGGCUGUGGUGACCGCCAUUUUUGGCCUAGAGUUCCUCAUGGUGUCCCAGGUGUGUGAGGACCUCCGCUCACGGCGCAAGUGGGCCUUGGGCUCCUUCCUCCUUCUCGUGUCUUUCAUCCUCUCCUCCGGGGGGCUCCUGAGUUUCAUGAUCCUCCUUCGGAACCAGGUCACACUGAUCGGCUUCACCCUGAUGUUCUGGUGCGAGUUCACUGCCUCCUUCCUCUUCUUCCUGAAUGCCAUCAGUGGCCUUCACAUCAACAGCAUCACUCAUCCCUGGGGCCAGCCGAGGAAAUUUUAGGCCCCCCUCCAAGGACACUGGGUUCUACAAGAAAGUGUGGUCAAGAUGGGACUUUUCCAAUAUGUGACCUCUGGUGGGGCCAGGGUGGGACAGUGACCUUGAAACUGCUGCCUCUUAGCCAAUAACCUUUGGAUGGUUGGCCAGAAAUGGCCCAGAGGCCUUUGCAGCUGGUCUGCAGGGCCAGAAGCCAAGAGGUGCCUCAGUGCCACUAGCUGCACAGGCUUAGCCAAGUUAUUAGGAUGUUGAUUUUAGAAGAAGAAGAAACACAUUUUUAAACUCUC